CGUCAGGCGGUGACUGCGGCCGGUGGCGGCGCUGACGACAGAAGCUGAAGUGGAGGCGGCCUGAGUGCGACUCGAGUGGCCGCCCCGCACUUCACAUCGCGCCGAGCGACCGCGGGCUCCCCUCCCUCCCUCCCGGUGGAAGCUAUUGAAAGCAUAAUUCUAUUACAUAAAGGAGCAGUGUACUGAAAAAUUCAGGAAGCACUGUUCACUGAAUACGUUACACAAUGCGUGAGUAUAAGCUGGUGGUUCUUGGUUCAGGCGGUGUUGGAAAAUCAGCUUUGACGGUGCAGUUUGUUCAGGGAAUAUUUGUUGAAAAAUAUGAUCCAACAAUAGAGGAUUCUUACAGAAAGCAAGUUGAAGUAGAUGGACAACAAUGUAUGCUUGAAAUCUUGGAUACAGCUGGAACGGAGCAAUUUACUGCAAUGAGAGAUCUAUACAUGAAGAAUGGACAAGGUUUUGCUUUAGUGUAUUCUAUAACAGCACAAUCAACUUUCAAUGACUUGCAAGAUCUUAGAGAGCAAAUUCUUAGAGUGAAAGAUACUGAUGAUGUGCCAAUGAUUUUGGUUGGUAAUAAGUGUGAUUUGGAGGAAGAGCGAGUGGUUGGAAAGGAGCAAGGACAGAAUCUAGCAAGACAGUGGUGUAACUGUGCCUUUCUUGAAUCCUCUGCAAAGUCAAAGAUUAAUGUUAAUGAGAUUUUUUAUGAUCUGGUCCGACAAAUAAACAGAAAAUCACCGGUUUAUGGAAGGCCUCCAAAGCCAGCAAAAUGCCAGCUGCUUUAAUAAUCCUAUUUUAACUUUGAGCCAGAUAUGAUGAACUAUUUCUCAUUUUGACAGUGCCAGCAUUCCACUUUACUGAACUCAUUGACAAUUGAAAAAUGGAUUUUCCUGUGGUGGUAUCUUUCAACAAGCAGAUGAAAGCUCCCAAGUCAUUUUGCACAAAAACAGAAAGCUAUUUUUUAACUUCAGAAACAUUCUAUUAGUAGGUAACUGUUAAACUGCAUCCUACUUUCAGUGUUAUUGCUGAUCAUAUUGGAGGAAGUAUACCUUUUACCAAUGUUGUAUUGAACUUAUAAUUAGUAGUAAGUCCGGUUUUGUCAAAUAAAAGCUGUAAUUUACUGGAAGCACCACUAUUUUAGCAUCAUUUAGAUGGAAGUCCAAAGAUAUCUUUAGAUGAUUUCUCACAGCUGACUCUGCUUCUUUGAUAUUUGUAGCUUCUUUAAAAUGGAGAUGCAAGAUAAUAGUUCCAGUGAUUAACUGUGCUCUGAUAAUUGCAACAGCUAUUAAAAUGUUUUUUUAAUUUUAGAACAACCUGUGGAAAUUAUGAUUACUAUGUACAGAAAAUGUAUGUUUCUGUCUCAUUUAUAUUUUGUCUUUGGUCUAUAAUAAUGCUUUUAAAUAGCUGUUAACAUUUUCAGAAAAAUGUUUUUCCUUGUGAGUUUCUUCUGUUUACAUGAGGAAUAAUGUUUAUAUGAAUUGUACAGUGCGGGUCUACAUCCGGAAGUAUAUAUUUUAACAUAUUUUAAGAUUUUGCAAGUUUGCUUGGAGGUCUAAAUUCUCCUGCAGCUGUAGGUUCUCACUGUAAUUCUGCUUGCUUAUGCAUAUUUGUAAUUAUCAGUACCAAAUAUACAUUAAAUUGGACAUUGCCUGUUAGUGGUUAUGUUAUGCGUGUGCUGUUUUGUUGAAAUGUUUCUUGGUGGAAGAGUAUUGUGGGUAUUGAUGGUGAAUGUGAGAAAUAAUUAUCUGAGUGUACUUGGUUACAUGGCCUAAAUUCUGCUAAUUUUAUUUAACAAUGCAUUUAUGCUUUGUAUGCAUUAACUUUUGGAUAGAAGUUUAUCUGAGGAAUUGAGGCACAGUAAUUUGAAAUGGAAAAUUAAUGCUACAUGUGCUUUAAGGUGGCCAAAUGCAAACUUAAAAAGCCUUAAUUUUCAUAGUGGUGCAAUGUUUUUUGCAUAACCUAUUCAGUUCCAUAAAAUUUAGAUUGCCAUGCAAGGGCUUGCAUUAUGAUUAUCUGCCACUUGAAUGUUUUGUCAUGUUUUAAUUGCAAGUAAAUAAAGUAUCUGUUUAACUUU